AUGGACAACGACCAAGAAGGAAGAGAGGGUGGUGAAGGGAGAGUCCCUAGGGGAUUAACCUUUGAGCAAUCCCAAAACUUGCGUAGGGAUAGGCAGCUUGAAGACCUAACCACACGCAUGGAUGAAUUGAUGCACAUGAUGCAACAAGGCAUGCGUGACAAUAGGCGCAACAACUCUCCUAGUCCUGAUAGGAGUGCACAUACUAGCAACCAUGAAGCUAGUUCUGAAGAGGAGGCUAACCAUCCAAGGCAUAGACAACCACAAAGAGACGACGAUCGAGGACUAAGGCUCGACCUCCCUAACUUUGAUGGCGCCAUGGAGCCCAAAAAGUUCCUAGAAUGGCUGCAAUGGAUGGAAAGAGUCUUUGAUUACAAAGACUAUGAUGAUGCUAAGAGGUUUAAGGUAGCUAUCCUAAAGCUUACAGGUUAUGCUAGCCUAUGGUACAAAAAUUUGAGGAACAAGAGGCGCAAGGAUGGUAAACCUAGCCUACGUUCAUGGGAGAAGUUGAAGACUAGAAUGAAGAAGCGCUUCCUCCCUUCUGCUUUCACACAAGAUAUGUUUAGAAAGCUUCAAGUUUUACAACAACACUCUCUAAGUGUUGAGGAAUAUGUGGUGGAGUUUGAGAGGAUAAACAUGUUGUGUGAUGUGGAUGAGAAGGCCGAGCAUAAGAUUGCUCGUUUCAUUGCUGGGUUGGACAAGAAGCUAGCCAAAAAGGUUGAUCUACAACCCUAUUGGAGUUUUGAGGAGGUGGUGCAAGUGGCUAUGAGGGCUGAGAAGUAUGUUAAGGCCAAGAAAGCCUCCACCUUUAAGCAUUUUGUGAAGCAAGGAGAUAAACGAAGUGGUGGCGCCAAGAGAGAGGAAGGAAGUAGCUCCACUACCCCUACUAGAUUCGACAAGUUUAAGGGGGAUAAAGGGAAGUCUUCUACACCUUUAGCCACUGAAGAGAGGCGCAUAUGCUUCAAGUGCAAGGGCUAUGGAAACAUCUUAAAGGAUUGCCCUAAUAAUAGAGUGAUGACAUUAAGGGACAUCCAAGAGAUUGAUGCUGAUUAUGCUAAGGGAAGCUUCGAAAAAGAGGAGCAUGAGGGGGAAAAGGAACAUGAUGAAGAGGCAGCAUAUGAAGUAGACUCAGAAGAGGAGCCAGAGUAUGAGGGACAACAACUCAUUGGGAGGCAUAUGCUACACACACAACCACCUUCUUUGGACCACACUCAAAGGGACAAUAUCUUCUUCACUCGUUGCUUGGUCAAACAAAGGGUAUGUGAUUUGAUCAUUGACAAUGGUAGUUGUGCUAAUGUAGUGUCUACCACUCUUAUUGAUAAACUACAAUGUCCUACUUCGAAUCAUCCACGCCCCUACAAACUCAAUUGGCUUAGUGAUGAUAAUGGCAUCAAGUAUGAUGGGCAUACCAAUGCAUGCAUUGCUACUGUGGGAGGUAAGAGGACAGCCUUGAAGCCCUUGACUUCAACUCCUCCAAAGAAAGGCUCAUUGUUAGUGAGUGCUAAAGAGAUUGAGAGGGACUUGGAGGAAGAAAACGAAGGGUAUCUUUUAAUGGUACGUGAGGUAGAAGGGGAGCAGCAAGAGUACAAGGUUCCUAAACACCUUGAACGUGUCCUUGAUGAGUAUAGUGAUGUGUUCCCUCAAGACUUACCUCCAGGAUUGCUAGAUAUUCGAGGCAUUGAGCAUCAAAUUGACCUAGUUCCAGGUGCUUCUUUGCCUAACAAAGAUGCUUAUGGAUGCAAUCCUCAAGAGACACAAGAAUUACAAAAGCAAAUUGAAGAGUUGAUGUCCAGGGGAUAUGUACUUGAAAGCAUGAGUCCAUGUGCCGUUCUUGCUUUGUUAGUACCCAAGAAAGAUGGUACUUGGCGCAUGUGCAUUGAUAGUAGGGCAGUUAACAACAUCACCAUUAAGUAUCGUUUUCCUAUCCCUAGAUUGGAUGACUUACUUGAUGAAUUACAUGGUUCUACUAUCUUUUCUAAGAUUGAUUUGAGGAGUGGUUACAAUCAAAUAAGAAUGAGAGAAUGA